AUGUCUAAGUUCUACGAUUUGGCCCCCAAAGACGCCCAAGGCAACCCGUUCCCGUUCUCCGAGCUCAAGGGCAAGGUGGUGGUGAUUGUCAAUGUCGCCUCCAAGUGCGGGUUCACCCCUCAGUACAAGGAUUUGGAGAAGUUGAAUGAGAAGUACAAGGACCAGCCCGUGCAAAUCAUCGGGUUCCCCUGUAACCAGUUUGGUGGCCAGGAGCCGGGGUCCGACAAGGACAUCCAGAACUUCUGUUCAUUAAACUACGGGGUGACGUUCCCCGUGCUUGCCAAAGUCGAUGUCAACGGCGACAACGCCGACCCCGUGUACAAGUACCUUAAGAGCCAGAAGAGCGGCUUGCUUGGGCUCACGCGCAUCAAGUGGAACUUCGAGAAGUUUCUCAUCGACCAGAACGGCACCGUGGUCGAGCGGUUUGGCCUGAUUACCAAGCCCCAGCUGUUGGAGCCCAAGAUCGACGCGUUGUUGAAAAACGGUAAGUUGUAG